AUGUCUGGCCCCUCUGGCGAUGGCCCUGGCCAACACUUGACUUCGACGCGCUCGUUCACCAGAAUGGAGAAUACAGACACCCACCCUUCCGGAUCGAACCCAACGACAGACUCAACAAACGUCCCGGCCCAGCCGUUAACAUCGGCGAUCGAUAUCGAGGGGCAGGCAAAGGGUCCCGAUGUGUUCGAGCGACGAGGCUCUGCUGAGUCGAGUGGCGAGGGGGAUGGGCACGGGGAUGAAGGCUUUGUGCUCUCGCGAAGCUUGAAAGAUCCUUCCGAAGAGCUUCCCAUUGAACUGGUUAGCUUAACGGACCGAUUCAUCAACUCCCUCAGUGCCAAAGUCCAUAACUCGCCUCCCACAAUCGACAAAAUAUCCUCACUAUUCCAAGUCUUUUACAGCCGUUCGGAGUCACACAUCGCUACCCAUAUCUCAGCGCUUGCAUCUCGCAUCAACCGCGAUCCAACACCCCAAGUACAGUCGAAGUCGCGAGGAGGUGCAUUCUUGAAGCUAGGAAGUAAACCGUCUCAAGAAGAUGUUCGAGGUGGGUCUGGUCGGCAAAUGUUGACUGCGGAAGAGGUUGCGGGGAGACGAAAAGCACGCAAAGCUCUGGAGCUGAAACGAGCUGCACUUGAAGAAGCUGCCGAGCGUAGAGUGUGUGAGCUUGUUUAUGAUAAAGUCUGGAGGCACAAAACAACCUUGGAUGACGUCCGGGAUGAGAAGUUGCGUUCAAAGACCGCGGCUUUGCUCUUAGUGGGUAUCGAUUUGAAAGACCUCGGUAUCGACCUUGAUAUGUCGACGAUUGCCGAUGAGAAACAGCAAGAAGCAAAUGACUGCCUCGCCCAGGCUCGAGAAUGUCUUGCGAAUAUGAAUGACCAGCACUAUCCUCUCGGUAAAUUACAACAACUCGCAGCUGCCCACAAAGCUAUUGUUGAUGCUUUAACAAAGCUGCUACCGUCUACUUCAUCGGCAGAUGAAAUUUUGCCCACUUUGAUCUACACACUUGUUACAUGCCCGCCCGAAGGGAUAAAUAUUAUCAGCAACCUCCUUUUCAUUCAGCGGUUUAGAUCUUCAACUAAGAUCGAUGGCGAAACUGCUUAUUGCUUGACUAAUCUUGAAGCCGCGAUCAGCUUUUUGGAAGACGUUGAACUGUCGAGUCUACGCGCAGAUGAACCACAAGAAGGACCACCUAAGACACCCAGUAUAUCUACAACUCCUUCUUCAGAGCGAGUUGAUCCUCUUCGACCAACAAAAGAAGCAACAACUUCUUCCGUGACCACAGUAUCUGCUUCGCCUGAGAUCGCUAAACCGGAAGUCAAAGAGUCAGCUUCUACUCUACCUCGACCUCGCCCUUCUGUAACUCCGCAACAGCGUCGACUGAGUAAUCUCUUCCAGCCUCCCACCAAGGUCCUUGAAGCAGCCAACGACGCUGUUCGAAACACGGCCGACCAAAGUCUAAAAAACAUUGGCGCGUCUUUAGACAACAGUUUUAACUUCCUCUUCGGGCGUCUCAAAGAGCUCCAAACAAAUCAAGGGUCCAGUUCACCGGGAACUGGAACCCUGUUGCCAAAGACGCUAGCCGAUGCUCGACGAUUUGUUGCCGAGACUGCCGCGAGCAAGAGUCUCACGCCGGAGGAGGUGGCCACAAUCAAUGCUCUUUCUAGCGAACAGAAUUCGCAGUUGCGUCCGAGUGCUAGGGAUGCAGAAACUGCUAGUGGUGGCCGAACACCUCGAGACCGCAGCACCGAUAGUGCAAGGACUCAAGCGAGCAGCAAGAAAUCCAUUUAUAACGAAAACGUCCAAACGCCAUCGGCGGCGGCUAGGGGGUUCGGUCGUGCUGGACCCGAAACUCCUACUGGCCGGUCAGUAUCCCCCGCAGCAUUGAACCGGGUCAAAACUUCCCCUGCUUCGGCAGAGGUAAAUAGUAGUGGCGCAAGCUCUCUCCACGUGUCGUCAGCGAGGGUGGAACCUCCUAUUCAACGAUUUCUAGAAACUCAAAAUGCAAGUGAUCUCCGCCUUGGGGAUGUUGCUCUUCUAUUGGAGGAUUACAAGCGACUCGCUGCUGCACUUUCCAAGGCCGGCCCAGCAUCUUGA